AUGAUUGAUAUUGUUGUUUACGGAAGUAUUGCACAAGAUUUAGUAAGUUAUACGGAUCAAUUUCCACGACCAGGUGAAACGAUAAAAGGUAUAUUUGAGACAUCAUCAGGUGGAAAAGGUGCUAAUCAAGCUGCUCAAGCUGCUAUGUUAGGUGCUACAGUAUACAUCAUUGGAAAAGUUGGCAAAGAUGUAUUUGGAGUAAGUAAUGUGGAAAAUUUAAAAACUUUUGGUGUAAAUACUAAAUAUAUUGAAAUGAGUGAGAGCAGAAAAACUGGCUGUGCUACAAUAAUUGUUACAAAAGAUGGUGAAAAUUCGAUAGUAAUUGCACCAGGUGCAAAUUUGGAAUCUUUAUCAUUACCAAUUGAUGAAUUGGAUGAAAUUAUCGCUAACACAAAAUUGGUACUUUGUCAAAAUGAAACAAUCUAUGAAUCUGUACGAAGAAUAUUUGAAUUAGCUAGGAAGCAUAAUGUGCAAACAUUUCUCAAUUAUGCACCAGUUGAAGUGACUUUCGCUAAAAGUAUUUUAAAAUUGGCAGAUAUAUUAUGCACAAAUGAAAUUGAGACGGAAUAUCUCGCAGAUCAACGUAUUGAAACUAUUGAAGAUGCUCAAGAAAGUGCCAAAAAAUUACUACAAGCAGGUCCAUCAAUUGUCAUUUUAACGCUUGGUGCAAAAGGUGUCACAUAUGCUACCAAACAAGGUGACUCAGGUCAUAUAACAGUACCAACAGUUAAAGUUGUUGAAACUACGGGUGCUGGUGAUAGUUUCUGUGGCGCAUUUGCAUAUUUCUUCGUGAAACGACCUGAAUUGAAAUUAAAAGAACAGAUUCGACGUGCUGCAUAUAUUUCUACUCUUUCGGUACAACGAAAAGGUAGCCGUGAUUCAUAUCUGUGGCCAAAAGAUUUACCUCCUGACUUACUCACAUAA